AGAUGUUUAGAUCCACAUGGAGAGGCGGAUUAGUUGGUCAAAGCAAUGGAGGAGAGAGGAGAUAAAUGCGUACGAUGAGCGGUUGUGAUAUGGAAAAGAACGCAACGCAUGGGAUGCCCUGCAAUCGCUACAAUGAAGGCCAACCAACCCAACACUCCUCCUCUAUAUAAUGCUAACAAUCCUUCUCUGCACCCAACAGGCCCGAAACGAAACCAAAUAUUUCGAGUUCAAGGAAUAGCCUCCUGUGUCCUUGAAUCCAGGCGCAGCGAGACACCCUUCGGAUUGCAGGGAUUCGAAUAAACAUAAUGGCUUCCACAACUUCAUGCUCUUCGUUGUUUGUGGCCAUUUUGGCGUGUAUGUGCUUCACUGCCCACGCAUUUUUCAAUCUCAACAUUGGAAUGGACAUCUGCCAGAAGGCGGACUACCCGGCCUUGUGUCGCUCUGUGGCUAGGGGCCAGGCGGACCCAUCGGUGGUCCUCGAGGCCACGAUCAGGCUAUUGAUGGUGCAGACGUACAAGGCGAUGGGACAGGCCCGGCGCGACAAGACGUCGGCCAUGGAAGUUUGCCUGGAGGUUUACGACGACGCAUUCAGCAGCCUGCAGACAGCCAUUUCAAACCUGAAAAGCCACGACAAGGGUAGCCUCGGCAUUAACCUCUCAGCGGCAUCGACCGAUUACGUGACCUGCGACGAUGCGGUGGAGGAGAGUGGGUUAAGUUCACCGGUUACCCGGAGAAACGCGAGGAUGCGCAAAAUGACGAGCAACUGCUUGUAUUUGUCUAGUUUGAUUCGGUGGCACUGAAAUCCGGAGUUUGUGUAGUGGUUUGGUUUGGGUUGGGUUGAGCCUGUUCCUUCAUGUUUCAUUCUUGGUUGGGUUGAAUUUAUGAAAUGGAAGAAGAAGGGAAGAGCAUUCAGAAGGAACCCCCUUCUGCCUCUUCUCUUCUAAUA